AAAUUAAGUGCGAUAUGAUUCAGACGCGAUGUCGUCAAGUUCAUUCAUCAUUAUAAAAUAAUUUUAAACCCGUCACUGUGCAUUUUAACGUAGUGCAGCAGACUGGUAUAUCAUGGUCAGUGCCAUCGCAAAGAUAGUUUAAACAAUAAUGUGCCGACAGUUAAUAAUUUUAGUUGCUUGUCUAUUUGUCGUGGACGCGGAAAACAGUGAAUUUUUUAUGACUAAAAAAGUGACAUAUAUAAAACAAGAUGCGGUUCGGAACAAUUAUUUUUCUUACAGUUUGUUGUUACAAAGUGGACAAACAGGAGCAAGUGUCAUAGUCGGCGCACCAAGAAGUGGAAAUUCAAUAGACGGCAACGGUGAUGUUUUCAAAUGUAGCUGGAAUUACAAUGAAGAACCCACGUGUUAUAGAUCAGGAAUUGCUUUUGAAAAUGGUGUUCAAGGAAAUUUCUUUGGGGGAAGUCUAGAUGGAGAAGACAAAUUAAAUGGUUCCGUUGUGAUUUGUGCACCACGAUCGCACGUCACUUCCAAAUUAUCUUCAAGGUUGGACAAAGACUACAUGAGAGGUUUCUGUAUUUACGCAAGAAGCUCCAAUUUUCGGGAAUAUGUGAAUACAAAUGUAUUUAGAGGGUCAUCAUAUACUGAUAUUUCGUGUUGCGACAGUGAAAAUAAUAACUUUUACAAUUAUGGCUUUGCAAUGGGCGGAUUUGACGUUUCUUUUUACAGUAAAGAGGGAACAUCUCAGAUGUUUAUUGGCGCACCAGGAGCGAAAUCAUUUACAGGCAUUACAGCGGUAUAUGCAUUAAAUCAGAACCCAUUGGCCGUAUUAAUGCCCAAUAUAAAAUUACUAAAUGCCGGAGAUGCGUGUUCAUAUUUUGGAUAUUCUGUAGCAACAAUAAAUCCCAUGCCAAACAGCCUUGCAAUUUGGUAUUUGGCCGGCGAACCCAGAGGUAAUGAUUUAAAAGGAAAGGCCACGUUAUUCAGUUACAACGGAAGAAGUACAACGAAUAUGUUGAUCAUAAAAAACUUCUAUGGUGAAGAAGUUGGAUCUUAUUUUGGAGCGUCUGUCUUAGGAUUAGAUGUCAGUGGAGAUGGUUUCGUAGAUAUUUUCGUUUCUGCUCCAAUGAGUAAAGGCCAGUCUUGGAAUGAAGGAGCAGUUUACUUUUAUAAAGGAAUAAAAAAAUCCACUGAUUUUCAUAAACCAAAACAAAUACAUGGACUUGGAGGAGGAGGUAGUCUAUUUGGCUCGGCAAUAUCAUCAUUGGGAGAUUUUGAUCUUGAUGGAUAUAAUGAUAUUGCUAUUUCUGCACCUUACGAAGGCAAUGGCGCCGUUUAUAUAUACAGGGGAAGUCCUACUGACCUGAAAUUUUCUCAAAGAAUAACCCCAUCUCAAUUUAAUAUUGGUGAUUCUAUUAAAGGUUUUGGUUUGGGCUUGUCAAGAGGAAACGACAUCGAUCAAAAUGGUCAUAACGACAUUGCCAUUGGAGCUUACAAAACUGAACAGGUGUUCAUUAUAAGGAGCAGAAACAUCAUUGACUUCGAUUUUACCUUGAAACCUAGUGUCCAAUCGAUAGUAAUUAAUACACGAAGUUUUGAAUUAACCGUUUCCAUACUAUGCACAAAAAGAAGCGAACAUUUUGAUUUAUCCCAAAUAAAUUUUAAUGUUUAUAUGGAUACUAUUGAUUCUAGAUUGUCGACUGAGAAAGAAAUCGAUACCGUAUCGAUUCCUUUCAGGCAAGUGACUUACAAAAACUAUACCUUCGAAGUUAAAAAGAAUAAGGAAAUUGUUACAAAUAUUUCUCCACUUGAAAUCAAUGUCACUCUUUCCGUUGACGAAGAAAAUGUAAUAGCAAAUGGACUUAGAACCGUGCUUUUGGAAAUACCAUUCCUACAUGGUUGUGGAUCAGACAAUGUUUGUAACACAGGCUUAUCUCUUCAAUUAAAAUCAGAAAAAAACCAGCUGAUAGUAGGGCAAGAUACCGAAAUAGUUAUGGAAGUUCAAAUAAUUAACGAAGGAGAUCCAGCCUAUAAAUGUGAACUUAACAUUGAAGUGUCUUCGGGCAUAGAAUUGAGAAGCUCGAAAUCUUGUUUUACAAACGACACUGUAUAUGUAUGUGAAGUUAGCAACAUUUUAAAUGCAAACGAAAUUGAAGUUAACCAAUAUAUCUUUGAUAUAGGAAGAAUGGAUAUAUCUAUAGAAGAAGUAGUGAUUUCUGUCAAAGUUACUAGUUUGGGAAAGAAUAAGGAUGGGUUUAAAAACAAUGAUAUUUUAAAACUACCAGUUAGACUGGUUAAUCUACCUUUUCUAAUAAGUAAAUCCAAACCAGAAAAUACAGAGAUAUUUAAGGAUAAUGCUGAUGAAAGUGAAAUAGAUUUUAUUCAUGAAUUUUCAGUUGGAAAAACUGGGCCAUCACCUCUAGCUGUUGACUUACAAAUCUCUCUUCCAUCACCAAAGUAUCAGAAUAAGGACAUAUUUGAAGUCAAAGAUAUUAAAGGUACUAUAAACAUGGUCGAUUUUUCUUGUACGCCAACUAUUACAGCACCGUCAAUAGAUGUAAACGAAACAGACCUCUUAACAGUUCCUUUAGAGAAAAGUAUUAUUUUAUCGUGCAACGAUAACAGUAACUGUGUCCAUUAUCUAUGCAAAGACGCAAUAAUUGAAAACUCCAGAGAUUUGGCUGUGAUUCAAAUUAAGCUUUCGAUCCGUUCAUCCUUAUUAGUGCAAGCUUUUAUUCAAGAAUUCAACUCCAAAGAUUUUGUUGCAUUUAUUCCUAGCGCUAUUCAGUACCACUCAGAAGGAAGCAUAAGCGCAUCAUCAGUUUUUCUAAUAUUUGCUCAGAAGGUAUCACACGUACCAUUCUGGGUUUAUCUUGUUGCAGCCAUAAUUGCCUUAAUGUUACUUGUGAUAUUGGUUUGGACAUUAUAUAAGCUUCAUUUCUUUGAUCGGAACUACAAAGAUAAACUAGAGCAAGAAAAAAUUCUACAGGAAGACGAGGAAAUCGCAAAGGAAAUAUAUGAUCAUGAGGUGUUUACUCGUUUUGAAGGAAAUAGAUCUCAAAAUUUAUAAUAAACUUAAUUUUCCUAA